GAGGACCGUCAAUCUCGUAUUUGGAAAAGACAAGGGCAUUGCCGUCAGAGAAAUAUUGUUCAGCUGCGCUCUCUCUCUCUCUCUCUGUUCAGUGGAUUAGUGGAAUUUUGCAAAAUGUCGAAAGAACAGUAAAGUUUAAGUUUAUUUUUCUUCUUCUUCCCGUUGAAGAUUGUAGCUGGUUUUUAUGGGUUUGGCAUUGCGAGCUUCAUUAAUGGCAGGUCUUGCAUUUUGAGUUUCUUAUUUCUUGAGUGGUGGUGAUAACGGUCCCUGAGUCCGACGAAGGCAAGGAUCGGAGAUGUUGGACGGGCUCCUCGGUCGGGGUUUUACUUCCAAAUGUAAAUCGUUGAUUAAAUCAACAAAGACUCGGAUCGAUGUGAUAAGGAGAAAGAGAAACGCAACUCAGAAAUUUCUGAAGAAAGAUGUUGCUGAUCUACUUGCUAAUGGCCUUGACAUCAACGCUUAUGGAAGGGCAGAGGGACUUCUGGUCGAGGUGAUCCUAUCUUGUUGCUACGAAUUCGUUGAGCGAUGCUGCGAUGUGGUACUAAAACAUCUUUCUACAAUGCAGAAGCAGAGGGAAUGCCCCGAGGAGUGUAGGGCGGCUGUGGCAUCCUUGAUGUUUGCUGCAGCAAGAUUUUCUGAUCUACCAGAGUUGCGUGAUCUCAGGCAAAUGUUUUAUGAGAGAUAUGGAAAUUCCCUUGAAUUGUUUAGAAAUGAAGAGUUUGUUGAGAAUUUAGCAUCAAAGCCAUCCACAUUGGAUAAUAAAGUUCGUUUAAUGAAGGAUAUAGCAUUAGAAUUUUCAAUAAAGUGGGAUUCCAAAGCCUUUGAACAAAGAAUGAAUAAACCGCCUAUGAUUCCACAGGACCCUCUUAAAGCUCGUGGACCUUUCCAUCUUGGUGAUGGUAAAAGCAAUUUGACAAAUGGGAAAGACAAGGCUCUCAAAGCAGAUAGGCCUGGCAUUUUGUUUAAUGAUAGGUUUGACCUUAAUGGUGAUCACAAAUCAGGAAAGGAAAAAAAUAGUUCUGUCUCAAAAAUGGAUGCAAUUGACUUUCAGACCAGGCCCCCUAGGAAUGGAUAUAAUUCACACAAUGGUUGUGAAGACAAUGUCGUGAAAAAGGACAGUCAGGAUAAUUUGCUUCAAGGGAGGAGAGAACUUUGUUUUGAUAGACAGGUGGCUUUGAAUUUGGAGGAUGCUACCCCAAAAACAGUUCGAUCAGGCAGUUCAUCCCAGAGAAAAAAAUCAGAACCUAUAGAUGCCUCAUCUAAGCAGCAAUAUGUCAGAGAGAAAAGCAUUUUGAUAACUGAUUACCAGGACACUUCGUUAAAUAUAAAGCCAGUUAUGGCCAGCCCACAUGUGAAGAUUAAUGGUAAAGAAAAAUUGUCUGAUGAUAAUUUUGGUGGUCAACACAUUAGUGAAAGUUAUGCAGACAAGGAUGAAGCUAUUCCCAAGUCAAAGCCCUAUUGCAAUAAUGCAAUUCCACCUCCAUAUGUCAAACGUGGCGACAAAGCUAAAAAUAGGAAACAUGUAUCCCAUCUAGGACCUUCAGAUGAUGGUUUUGAUGGUAACGGUGUCUUCAAGGAUUCUUCAGCUCAGGAUAGAGCCGACGCUGGUCAUAUGGCUGUGGUACAACAAGGAUCUGAUCGUUCUGAUCAUGAAAGGCAUCACGGUGGAUCCGAAAAGGCUAACCUGCAUUAUGAUGAAAAGGGUCGUAUUUAUCCUGAUGACGUAACUGGCAAUCCCAUACCAAAACCAAGAUCAUCAAGGAGAAAACACUCAAAAUCACGAUCAGGUCAAGGUGAUGCUGGAAACUUUGAAGAUGUUGGAGCUUUACCAACAAAAUCAAGAAGCAGAAGAAGGGAUGACUCGAGACGAGGCCUGCAAAUAUUGUUUGAUGAUGAACACCAUCGAACUGAUGAAGAGGAGAGAAUAAUUGACAAGUUACUAAUUCAUUACAGUAGAAAGCCUACUGCCUAUGAACCGGGAAAACAGAGAAAGAAGUCUUCCAGGAGUCGACAUGCACAUCACAGUGUUAAUGACAUCGGUGAAUCUCCUCAAAAUGGAAGCAGGGUUGGGUCUGACAAGGAGUCGCCAGUGAUUCCUCCUGCUGCACGAUCAGUUUCACUCCCUCAUGACCACUCAGGGUCAUCAGCGGCAACCAAAGUGUUUGCUCGUGCAGCCUCAUUUCAACCUGAGCGAUCGGAAGGAGCCCACCAUGUGCACCCCAAGUUGCCAGAUUAUGAUGACUUGGCUGCCCGUUUUGCGGCCCUGAGAGGAAGGUAAAACAUUCACGUCAGAAUCUACAUUGUAAUCAGCAGCAUGAUUCUGACCUUUGUAAUCUUGGUUUCUUUGAGUGGCUCUAUGAGUGCCUUUUUUGAUGAAAAUCAGCAAAAGAAAACGUUUUAAUUAUUACGUUUAAGUGGCUCCACGAAGUUGAUCUUCCACAUAAUUUUACCAUAACAUCUAUAUAGCUUAAGUACCCCAUAUAGAUACCAUUUUUAGACCUCGUCAUUGUAAAAGUUAUAUAUUAAUGCGUGAUAAAGGUUGUAAUUCCUGAGAA